UGUCGUGGGUGCGGCGGCGGCGGGACUACCACCUGCUGACGGUGGGGCGCCAGGUGUACUCGUCGGACAAGCGCAUGGGCGUGAAGGUUGACGCCCGACGGGUGCGACUGGUGUGCUCACCAUCCGCUGGCAGAGACGCACGACGCCGGGCUCUACGAGUGCCAGGUCUCCUCGCACCCGCCGCAGGCACUCAUGGUCAACCUGCAGGGUCGUCGUGGCGCACGCGGAGAUCCACGGCGGGCCCGAGCGCUACAUCCACAGCGGGUCGUCCCUCAUGCUGGUGUGCCUCCUGAAGGGCGCCACGGAGCCGCCCGUCUACGUGUUUUGGUACCGCGGCGACAGGAUGAUCAACUACGACAA